CAUCAGAGAGUCCAAAAACAUCGGCCAGCUUACACAAAAACAAAAACAAAACACUCUCUUCUCUUCUCCUCUCUCUCGAUCUCUCCUCGCCUCUCCUAAAAUCUUCAGAUCUCCAAGUCGUAACCCAAAUCCUCGCCUGACAGAGAGACACUCUCACUCACCCACCAUGAUUCCUUACGCCACAGUCGAAGAAGCAUCCGUCGCACUCGGACGAAACCUCACUCGUCUCGAAACGCUCUGGUUCGAUUACUCCGCCACGAAAUCAGACUACUACCUCUACUGCCACAACAUAUUGUUCUUGUUCGUAGUCUUCUCCCUCGUCCCUCUCCCUCUCGUCUUCGUCGAAUUGGCUCGAUCCGCUUCCGGCUGGUUCAAUCGUUACAAGAUCCAGCCUAAGGUUAAUUACUCUUUCUCCGAUAUGUUCAAAUGUUACAAAGACGUCAUGACCAUGUUCAUCCUCGUCGUUGGUCCUUUACAACUCGCCUCUUACCCUUCGAUUCAGAUGAUUGAGGUACGAUCUGGGCUACCGUUACCAACGAUAUCAGAGAUGUUGGCACAGUUAGGAGUGUACUUUUUGAUUGAAGACUACACUAACUACUGGGUGCAUAGGUUUUUUCAUAGUAAAUGGGGAUAUGAAAAGAUACAUCAUGUACAUCAUGAGUACACUGCUCCAAUUGGGUAUGCUGCACCUUAUGCACAUUGGGCUGAAGUGUUGCUUCUUGGUAUCCCUACGUUUUUGGGACCAGCUAUUGCUCCUGGUCACAUGAUUACUUUUUGGUUGUGGAUUGCUUUAAGACAAAUUGAAGCUAUUGAGACUCACAGUGGAUAUGAUUUUCCAUGGAGUCCAACAAAGUACAUUCCUUUCUAUGGUGGCGCUGAGUACCACGAUUAUCAUCACUACGUUGGAGGACAAAGCCAAAGUAACUUUGCUUCAGUUUUCACUUAUUGUGAUUACAUAUAUGGAACUGACAAGGGCUAUCGAUUCCAAAAGAAGCUUCUUGAGCAGUUUCGGGUGUGUCUUAUGUCAUCAGAGUUGUUACUAACUACCUAAGUUUUUUUUCUAAGUACACAUGAAAAAUGCUCUGCUUCCGACAUGUGGGGCAUCGAUGUAUCAAGUGUGGUCGGGACUGGGUUUUUGCUCUUUCUGCCAUUUUAUUAAUAUUGUUUCGUCGUCUUAAAGAGGAAAGAAGAUGUCAUCAAAGCUAGCCAUGUUUCCUUUGUUUUUUUUUCAUAUUACCUCUGUAAGAGAACCUUGUUCGCAUUUCUC